GCUGCGAUUUGAAAUAGGAGCUAGGCGGACAGUUGUUCUCUACUCCUGACUUGUAAUAGGCUAGCAGGGACAAGGUUGAGAAACUUGACAUUGUCUUAAGAACGGGGGCGGGGGGGAGAGAUAAAAGGAACUAGGAGUCACAGAGUUGCCGGCUUGUUGGGAACUGCGAAACUGGAUGGAAUUCUGCUUUGUAAUCCUGAAACUCUCGUUUCUUGCUGGAUGGAUAAUGGAAUUCUAAACAUGAGGCAGCAGAUAGCUGAUCAGCUUUCCUGGAUUUCGCUGACGACACAGGAAAGCUUUGCCUGAAGAUGGAAACACUGGAGUCGGAACUGACCUGCCCUAUCUGUCUGGAGCUGUUUGAAGAUCCGCUGCUGCUGCCUUGUGCUCACAGUCUCUGUUUCAACUGUGCGCAUCGCAUCUUGGUCUCCCACUGUGCCACCAACGAAUCAGUGGAAUCUAUCACCGCCUUCCAGUGCCCUACUUGUCGUUAUGUCAUCACUCUCAAUCAACGUGGUCUAGACGGACUCAAACGCAACGUCACGCUGCAGAAUAUUAUCGACAGGUUUCAGAAAGCUUCAGUGAGCGGGCCCAAUUCUCCUAGUGAAACUCGCCGAGAGCGGGCUUUUGAUACUAACAGUAUGUCCUCUAGUGAAAAAGUUCUUUGUCAGUUCUGUGACCAGGACCCUGCUCAGGAAGCAGUGAAGACCUGUGUAACUUGCGAAGUAUCCUACUGCGAGGAGUGCUUAAAAGCAACUCAUCCAAACAAGAAGCCAUUUACUGGCCAUCGUUUAAUCGAGCCUAUUCCAGACUCGCAUAUCAGAGGAUUAAUGUGUCUGGAGCACGAGGAUGAGAAAGUGAACAUGUAUUGUGUGACGGAUGACCAGUUAAUCUGUGCCUUGUGCAAACUGGUUGGGAGGCAUCGUGAUCACCAGGUGGCAGCUUUAAGUGAACGCUAUGACAAAUUAAAGCAAAAUUUGGAAAGUAAUCUAACCAACCUUAUUAAGAGAAAUACUGAACUGGAAACUCUUUUGGCUAAAUUAAUUCAAACUUGCCAGCAUGUAGAGGUGAACGCGUCCCGACAAGAAACCAAGCUGAUGGAGGAAUGUGACCUGCUUAUUGAAAUAAUCCAACAACGGCGUCAAAUAAUUGGAACCAAAAUCAAGGAAGGGAAGGUGGUGAGAUUGAGAAAACUGGCCCAGCAGAUAGCCAAUUGCAAGCAGUGCAUUGAGCGGUCCACCUCUCUGAUCUCACAAGCUGAGCAAUCUCUGAAGGAGAAUGAUCAUGCACGCUUCCUGCAGUCUGCUAAAAACAUAACGGAAAGAGUCGCCAUGGCAACAGCAUCCUCUCAGGUUUUAAUUCCUGAAAUUAAUCUCAAUGACACUUUUGACACCUUUGCACUGGAUUUCACCCGAGAGAAGAAGCUACUGGAAUGCCUUGAUUAUCUUACAGCUCCAAAUCCUCCGACAAUAAGAGAAGAGCUCUGUACAGCUUCAUAUGACACAAUCACCGUUCACUGGACUUCAGAUGAUGAAUUCAGUGUGGUCUCUUAUGAGCUGCAGUAUACAAUCUUCACUGGACAAGCUAAUGUAGUUAGUCUGUGUAAUUCAGCCGACAGCUGGAUGAUUGUUCCAAAUAUCAAACAAAACCACUACACAGUGCACGGGCUGCAAAGUGGCACCAAGUAUAUCUUCGUUGUUAAGGCCAUUAAUCAGGCUGGCAGCCGAAACAGUGAGCCUGGAAAGCUGAAGACCAAUAGCCAACCAUUCAAGCUGGAUCCCAAGUCUGCCCACAGAAAGCUAAAAGUAUCUCAUGACAACUUGACAGUGGAGCGUGAUGAAACAUCUUCUAAAAAGAGCCACACACCUGAACGUUUUACCAGCCAAGGGAGCUAUGGGGUAGCUGGCAAUGUGUUUAUUGACAGUGGACGGCAUUACUGGGAAGUGGUUAUCAGUGGGAGUACAUGGUAUGCCAUUGGUAUUUCUUACAAGUCAGCACCAAAACAUGAGUGGAUUGGAAAAAAUUCUGCCACUUGGGUUCUUUGUCGCUGUAAUAAUACAUGGGUGGUGAGACAUAACAGCAAAGAGAUUCCAAUUGAGCCUGCACCUCACCUUCGUCGGGUUGGCAUUCUGCUGGACUACGACAAUGGCUCUUUGGCCUUUUAUGAUGCUUUGAACUCUUUACAUCUGUACACUUUUGAAAUUACGUUUGCACAGCCUGUGUGCCCAACAUUCACCGUCUGGAAUAAGUGUUUGACAAUAAUAACAGGACUUCCCAUCCCAGACCACUUAGAUUCCACUGAGCAGGUGCCAUGAUGGUUGCUGAACAGGAACUGAUGGUUGAAUGUCCAGUGGACCUCACAUCUGUGUCCCACUGAACUGUGACUGAAAAGACGCUCAAAGAAACACAUUUCAUACAAAAGUGUCCCUGAUGCUACAAGCCAGGACUGAUAAUGGGAUGAUCUCUUCAGUCUUUGCUGUUUGUUUUAUAUUAAAGGCAAGAUAUGGCUUUAAUAAUUUCUCAAAACACUUUUGUACUUCGUCUCUACAGGAAAAUUUAUAAAUUAUUUAUAAAAGAAGAUAAGAAAAAGAAACCGUGAAUUUGACAUUUGCAUUUGGGCACCUCUCAAGAAUUCCUUGUUUUUGCACAUUAAGGGCUCUAUCACAAAGAUUUUAUUAGCUGUUUCCCAUAUUUUGAUUUUAUAAUAGAGAAAGCAAGUUGGAAUUAUUUGAAAGUAGGAUGCAAUACUAAUUCUUCCAUUUUUGUUCAUAUUUGGAGCUUCUUUAAGCAUCACUUUUAUUAUAUGAAACAUCCCUUCAACUUGGAGCACAUUAACCCUGUACAUCAAGAAAUUCUUUCCAGAAAUGUCAAUGCCUAAAUCAACUGCUAUAUUAUAGAUAGCAAUUUUCCUAUCUACUGAUAUUUCACCUUGGUCACUUUUAAGGAUAUAUUCAUUUGAUUCUUGCGUCAGAAAACCAGCAAUAGUGAAAAAGAACAGCCAAGUCUGACGUACCACAGAGAUCAGUGAUGCUCAAGUUUUGGUGGUACGAUGUGGAUUAACAUCAUUUAAAAGGUACACACAGCACCUACAUAUGCAGUUUAGGAGACGGGCUAUGUACAACUGAUUAUGCUACGUACAUAGCAUUUUGUUAUACUAUGUUAUCAUGUAUCAAUAAAAAAAAUAGCAAAGGCA